AUGGCUCUUCAGCGCCAAAGCUAUCCAUGGUAUCAUCAAUCGAUUGCUUGUAAUUUACGUUUCUUAGGCGAAGUGUAUCACGGUUACGGUGAAAAGAAAUUAGCUUUGAAAAAUUGUAGCGAAGCAUUAGUCUGUUAUAAAUAUACAUUAGCAGAUUCAAAUCAUCCAAUAAUUCAACAAAUGGACAGUGAAACUGCUAAGUUAUCAAAGAAAAAACCAAGAGAAAAAUUUCUAAAAAGCAAUUCUACUACCACUUCCACCACAAUCACAACUAUCACACAAAAAAAUAAUGUGUCGCAAGAGUGCGUCGCGGUAGAAUGUGUUGCAUCAGGUGUAGAAAAUAUGUGUCGUACUUCAAAGCGUCGCAAUUUAAUUGGCGCAGUUGCUAGACAUUGUCGAAGGCUGUCUUUACGUUAA